UUCCCUUUGAGUGUAUUAUAAUUUUGUGAUAAAAAUUUCAAGGAGAAAAAAAAAAAAACACACAACCUCCUUCCUCUGCCUCUUUCCUUCGGGGAGGGGAAAAGCCGGGGAGGGGUGGGGGGGCUGGAGAUCUAUCUCCAGACGGACAGGAAAGAAAGAGGAGCAAAUUAAACACCGAGUUGCCAAAACCAGGAUAUUAGGUUUCAGCCCAGAGAGCUAUUGGCUAAGGCUGUGUUUUUUUUUGGGGGGGGUGGGUUUGUGGGUGGGUGAUGGUGGUGGUGGGUGGAUGUUUAAUGGACACGGAGAAAAGGGGAAUCGAGUGUUGGUGCCUCUCCCAGCGCCGCCCGGGCCCCGGGAAGACCAAGUUCAGCGACUGCGGCGGGGCCAGGCCGGGGGCGCCUCGGCGGGGUGGGGGCCCCGGCGCCUUUCUUUUUCUUUUCUUUUUUUUUCUUUUCCGCGGAUGCAAAUUUCUGGAGCGGGGAGAGGGAGAGAGAGAGCCCGGGAAGGGGGGUGGCGUGGCGGUUGGUGGUGGGGAGGGGAGGGGAGGGAAGCCUUUUAAUGACUCAUUGAUUGAGCCGGUUUAAAAUUAGUUGUGUGCGCGAGUGUGAGUGUGUUUUCCGCCCCCCGGAGCCGCCGGGAGCCGGGAAGGAGGGAGCGGGGCUUGGCGAGGGGAGGACGGCGCGGCGGGGCAGCGAGCUGGGGGCAGGGAGGGCCUGCAGUGACGGCGGGCGAGGAAGAAAAAUAAGCUUUUCCAAUCUCCUCCCCUCCGUUUUCCCCCCCUCGCUUCUUUUCUCCCUCGCAAGCUCUAGGGUGUGAAUCUCAUUUUCUUUCUUCUCGGCAAAAUGGACCCCGUGUCGGAGGGGGAGGGGACGGGGUGGGGAGGGAGGCGGCGAGGACAGGGUUUAUUUUUCAUCCCGGCUUCUUCCUUCGCGCCGCAUCUUCGGGCGGCCGCGGCGAGGAGCUCGGGGCUGGCUGGCCUUCUCGGCCCGGUCCCCGCUCCGGCCCCGGCCCCAGCCUGCGGCGGCAGCGGCGGCGCACACCCGCCCGCGCCGCUGCCCCUUCCCGGCCGCCUUGCCGCCUUCCCGACGCACCGCCGAGGAUCCGCGGCCGGGCUCGGCCGAGCCCCAGCACUUGCGGAGGAUCCGCGGCCCAGCCAGGCGCCUCCUGCGAAGCCCGCGCUGUCCGCCGGGCCGGCCGGAAGAGACUGGCGCCGUGGCGGCGCUUUUUUUCGCCGAGAAUGCGCUGGCCUGACGCCGUUCGCGCCCCCCCGAGUCGCCCCGAAUGCGGAAUCCUGGCCGUGGGGUUGCGGUUGGAAGGCGCUAAGAUGGCGCUGGGCCUGGCCGGCCGCCAGGGCUGGUGGCGCAGUUGCUCGGCGGGCGCCAUCUUCCUCGCGGCGCGGGCGGCGCCCUCGGUGGACGCCUGACCCCGAAGACGAGGCCGCCGGCUUGGAGCAACAAGGGCCUGGGGCCGGCGUCUUGCUCUUUCACACUUUUUUCUGGGAAUGCGUGGGCCGGGGGUCGGGCCUCUCGGCUGAUGGGUCCCCUCCCUGA